AUGCAGGAGAUGCUGUCAGUAUCUUCUCCCAGUGUCUGGAGGCUACGAGGGCCUGUAUGGGAGAAUAUGUCUCGGACUUGGGGUCAUCCUGGACUCAUGCAACUGCUGUUUGGACAGGUAGAGGUUGUGGCCAGCCAAAUUUUGGCCCAGCUCUGGCUGGUGAAGCACUUGUGGAAACAUUUGGAGUGGGAGAAUCUUGCAGUGUUGACUUAUUCCUUUAUCAUCCCUUGCUUGGACUACUGCGAUUCUUUACAUGGGAGUGCCUGUGAAGACCACUCAGAAACUACAGUUGGUCCAUUUCCCUUUUUUUUAUUUGCUCCAGUGAUGAACGCAAGCACACAUCUCCCUUUCUUGUAUCGGAUGAUGCCAAGUGAUGUAGUUCAAUACUCAGGAAUUGUACAACUUCUUCGGCAUUUCCAGUGGACAUGGGUUGGGAUCAUUGCAACAGAUGAUGAUGAUGGAGAAAAAUUUGUUCAGACUUUAACUCCACUGCUUUCUCAGCAUGGCAUCUGCCCAGCCAUUAUUGCAAAUAUACCAACUUUAUCUCAUUAUUUAAACUACAUGGACUUAUUCAUGAAGAAAUCACCCAGAUCCAUUUUAUUAACCUCAUCUGAAGUUAAUGUAUUUAUUUUAUAUGCAGAGUCCAGGACUAUAACAUGUAUUAAAUGGUUGAUAUAUAUAGAUAAACUAAUAGAAGGCAAUGAAAAUAUAUCAGUAAAUAAAAUCUGGAUUAUGACAGCCCACUGGGAUUUCUCAUCAGACAUAUUGCAUAAGAAUUUUGAAAUCCAGUUCUUCCAUGGUGCCUUAUCUUUUGCAAUUCACUCAAAUGAAGUGCUGGGAUUCACACGUUUUCUGCAGGUUGUAGAUCCUCAAUCAGAUAACAAUGACCGAUUUAUUCAGGUUUUCUGGGAACAGGCAUUUGGCUGUUCACUUUCUGGUAAUACUGGAGAAGAAUGCACUGGGCAAGAGAAGCUGGGCCAUCUGCCAGGGGUUCUUUUUGAAAUGAGCAUGACUUCCCAGAGCUACAGAAUUUACAAUGCCAUUUAUGUCUUAGCACAUGCUUUGUAUAAGAUCUACAAACCCAGGCCAGAAACAAGAGACAGAGGUCAUCUGGCUCCUCUGAAUCUGCAACCUUGGCAGGUGCAACCCCUUUCUCUUUGCAAUGAGAACUGCCAUCCAGGUUACAGCAGAAGAAAGAAGGAAGGGAAGCCAUUUUGCUGCUAUGAUUGUGUUCCAUGUGCAGAUGGGAAGAUUUCAGAUCAGAUGGACAUAGAUGAUUGUUUCCAAUGCCCAGAAGAUCGCUAUCCAAACAAAAACCAAGAUCAGUGCCUUCCCAAGAGAAUUAAUUUCCUCUCUUUCAGUGAACCUUUGGGGAUCACAUUAAUCUUCUUGGCUCUGACUUUAUCUCUGAUCACUUUUUGGGUGCUUUGGAUAUUCACAUCACAUAGGAACACCCCCAUUGUUAAAGCCAACAAUCAGGAUCUAACCUACUAUCUGCUUAUAUCCCUCCUGCUGUGCUUCCACUCCUCCUUCCUGUUCAUUGGCAAGCCCCAGACCCUGACCUGCUAUUUACGACAAACCACUUUUUCCAUCAUUUUUUCAGUCGCUGUUUCUUGCAUAUUGGCCAAAACUGUCACUGUUCUUCUGGCUUUCAUGGCCACCAAGCCAGGAUCCAGACUGAGGAAAUGGGUAGGAAAAAGGCUGGCCAACUUUAUUCUUCUUGGCGGCUCCCUGAUUCAAGCCGGGAUUUGUGCUAUAUGGCUAUGGAUAUUUCCUCCUUUCCUAGAUUUUGACUUUCAUACUCUGGCUGAAGACAUUGUGGUGGAAUGUAAGGAAGGAUCGGACACCAUGUUUUAUUGUGUUCUGGGCUACUUGGGUUUUCUAGCCAUUGUUAGCUUUAUUGUGGCAUUUCUUGCCAAGAAACUGCCAGACAUUUUCAAUGAAGCCAAAUUUAUCACCUUCAGCAUGUUGGUAUUUUGCAGUGUGUGGUUCUCUUUUAUUCCAUCUUAUUUGAGCACAAAAGGAAAAUACAUGGUGGCUGUGGAGGUCUUCUCCAUCCUGGCUUCUAGUGCUGGAUUACUGGGCUGUAUUUUUUUCCCUAAGUGCUACAUAAUUCUAUUUCAGCCUAUGUUAAACAGCAAAGACCAGCUCACUAAAAGGAAAUAG